UCCCGGGGGGCCCGGGGCCAGGGGCCAUGCUGCCCGGGGUCGGGGUGUUCGGCACCAGCCUGACGGCCCGGGUCAUCAUCCCGCUGCUCAAGGGCCAGGGCUUCGCGGUGACGGCGCUGUGGGGCCGCACGGCCGAGGAGGCGGAGCAGCUGGCGGCGGACAUGGACGUACCGUUCUACACCAGCCGCAUCGACGACGUGCUGCUGCACCAGGACGUGGACCUGGUCUGCAUACACCUGCCGCCGCCGCUCACCCGGCAGGUGGCCGUCAAGACGCUGGGUAUCGGCAAGAAUGUGAUCUGUGAUCGGACCGCAACCCCUCUGGACGCCUUCAGAAUGAUGUCCGCUGCUCAGUACUACCCCAAGCUGCUGAGCAUCAUGGGAAACGUGCUGCGGUUUCUCCCAGCCUUCGUCCGGAUGAAGGAGCUGCUGGAGGAAGGCUACGUUGGAGAGCUGCUGGUCUGUGAGGCCCAGGUCCACAGCGGGAGUCUCCUGGGGAAGAAGUACAACUGGAGCUGUGACGACCUGAUGGGCGGCGGCGGGCUGCACUCGGUGGGCAGCUACAUCAUCGACCUGCUCACCUUCCUGACGGGCCAGCGCGCCGUCAAGGUGCACGGCUUCCUCAAGACCUUCGUCAAGCAGACGGACCACAUCCGGGGCAUCCGGCAGAUCACCAGCGACGACUUCUGCACCUUCCAGAUGGUGCUGCAGGGCGGCGCCUGCUGCACCGUCACCCUCAACUUCAACGUGCCGGGGGAGUUCCGGCAGGAGGUGGUGGUGGUGGGGACGGUGGGGCGGCUGACGGUCACCGGCACCGACCUGUACGGCCAGAAGAACAGCUCCGGCACCGGCCCCGAGCUGCUUCUGAAGGACGCCACCCCGCUGGAGAAGUCGUCCCUGCCGGAGAAGGCCUUCAGCGACAUCCCGGCGCCCUAUCUGACCGGCACCAUCCGCAUGAUCCAGGCGGUGCGGCAGGCCUUCCAGGACCAGGACGACCGGCGCACCUGGGACGGCACGCCCCUCACCAUGGCCGCCACCUUCGAGGACUGCCUGUACGCGCUGUGCGUGGUGGACACCAUCAAGAAGUCCAACCGCAGCGGGGAGUGGCAGAACAUCGUGGUGAUGACGGAGGAGCCGGAGAUCAGCCCCGCAUACCUGAUCAGCGAGGCCAUGCGGCGCAGCAGGAUGUCCCUCUACUGCUAGACCCGGGCCCAGAGAGACCCAAGAGAUGUCAAGAAAAGCAAUCUUAUCAAUAAUCAAACUUUUAUUUAAACGUACGCUUAGCAAGUUGUUGCUCCUCGUAGGACGUACCUGUAAUUGCACUGAUUCAUGCAACAGAAGGAGCUGCGUGGAGCCGUCCCGGGUCGGGGGUCGGUAGCAGGGAGCUUGUUGUGAUCAUCUGAGUUUCAUCACUGAUCCUGGAGAGUUGGGACGAUCCCCUCGUUGCCACGGUUACCGGGGGAGCGUCCACCCUGUUGCACUGCAGGUUCUGUGUGGAUGCAACCAGAGGAGAAAGGAAAAUCAAUCCUUUGGCAGCCGGGUUUGUCAGAGGGCGGCUAAUGUAUGCAACAUCAGAGACGCCCCCCUCCUCCGCCAGCUACACGGCACCAGGGUUUGGCUUCACGCAGCAGAUCUUUACCGUACGGGAGGUCUGCAUCUGUAACAAGGUGGGAGCGUCAGGGCCGAGCCGUAGCCGGGGACAGUUUUAAACUACGUGUAUGUCCCCCCUUUUUAAAAUGCAUCAGUCCCCCCCCCCCAGUAUUAGAAGGGCUGGGUCUGCCGCGUCUCCAAAGGUCUGAUCAGGACCUGUGCUUCCUCCGGGAUGACCCGCGCAUGCCGGUGCACGUCAGCAGGCCAGUAAUAGGCCUUUUCAAGCAUGUAUGUAUGAACAAAGAUCAUCUCCAAAGCAAGGGCAGCUUUCUCUGAACUUUGACCCCCGGCCUCUGAUUUAGUUGAACGGGACAUUUCCAGCCAAAACCAUGUAGCACCGUGGGAUCCACUGUGGGCUAGGAAGGUUGGCAUCGCGAUAGGUUUCAUUUUCCCAUGUCGUGUCCCAUGUAACACCUGAACAGUCUCCUACUUCUCCGUCCAGCACGACGGAGAACCUACGAUACAUAUAUAUAUACAUAUAUACAUAUAUUUACAAAAGAAAACAACCCAGCUCAGUGUUCCACCUCUGCUUGUUACAGAAGAGUAUUAGAGCCAGGCAGGAGAAAAAAUAUUUGAGAGGGGAAGAUUUUUUUUAUUGUGCACUUAGAUAGAAUAAUGUUGAAAUACAAUUUCAAGAAUAAAGUUGAAAUUUCGACUUUUUUCUCAACAUUUCAACUUUAUUCAUGAAAUUUCGACUUUUUUCUCGACAUUUUGACUUUUUUCUCGAAAUUUCGACUUUUUUCUCAACAUUUCGACUUUUUUCUCGAAAUUGUACAUCAACAUUAAUCUCGAUAUUUUGACUUUUUUCUCGACAUUUUGACUUUUUUCUCGACAUUUUGACUAUUUUCUCCAAGUGCAUAAUGAAAGAAAAAUCUUCCUCCCCUAAAAUAUAAUUUGUAUUUUUUCUCCUGCCUGGCCCUGAUGUAGCUUGUAGACAUUUUAGCAUCGUGCAGCUUUGACCUUACGGGAGCACAGAGAGGUAAGUCCCACAGCAAGGCAGCUGCUUGGCGGCGUUGGUGGAGCUCCAGCAGAGCUCCAGUAGAGCUCCAGCGGAGCUCCAGCGGGGGACCGGGGGACCGGGGACUCCUCUGGCUCCGGUCUGGUUUCUACAGACACAUCUCCGGAGGACGACCCUGAACAGCAGCAUGUCCAAGCCAAAGAAGCAGAACGAAACCAUGCCUGAACUCGUCUUUAGCUCCUAGACCAGAUGUUUGCUGCAGUUGCUGUCACUGAUUCAACAUCCCACCCAACGACCGCGUUACCUGCUGCGUAUUUCCCCCCGCCAGCUUCCCCCAACACCACAGACCGACGCUGACCUACCAGCCAAAACACUGCUUUCUUUCUGCCUCUGUGCUCCCGGUGCUGUUUCCUGAGUUGCUGAGAUGCUACAGAAACAUGUACAUAUGAACACCAACCGUCUGCUCCGUCUGAUGACUCCAUCCACUUCUGUAUUACGCUGGAAACCAAGGAACUAGGACCAGAUCUUCGUGGUCUGGGCCGACUCUCAGCGUGUUCGUUUUCACCCCUGUGUUUGACCAAAAUGUCUGUUUCCAGACGAGCUCAAGUGUCUGGGAGAGCUUUAUGUUGGAGAUUCAGCGUGCGUCGCCUCCACGCUCACGUUUCCUGUGUUAUUUCUUCCUCCUCUCUGGUCAUGACUUGUGUUGUCAGCCCCAAAAACCCUGACUUUACUCCAGGCCAGACGGCUACUGAAGGUACUGGGUUUGGACGGUACAGAGGACGUUCUCCCCUCAUCCGGCCCACAGAACCCUGCUACUGUCAUUUACAGCCUCUCCUCUAUGGUUUGUUUGUGAACAACGUCUCUCUCCAGCUUAUCGAUUAAUGUGCAAAGCUGAUCGGGUGCUGGUGAGCAGUUUCUAAAUGUUAAAUUAACCAAGUUGUUGCUUUUUACUCUUUAACCCUUUAAAGUCUGACAUGAGAGAUGAUGCACAGAAAAUCCCCUUUAUUUUUUUAAGUAUGUCGUAUAUACUGGAAUUAAAAACACCCCACAUUUUGUUUUUAUCAGUUUCCUAAUGAAUACAUUGUUGUUUUUUUUAUUUAUUACUAUUGUUAUUGUUAUUAUGGGGUGGUGCAGAUGUCUCCCAUAUCAUUAUAACGGUUUCCAGAAUCUGGACCUGGCAGCUCUUUUAUCUGAAUCCGGAGCAUCAUCUAAAAUUUCACGUGCGCCGCAGCAGAAGUUCAGGUCAGAGCUGUUCACUGAGAAGAGUUACGUACAGGACUGUCUCAGAACAUUCGAAUAUUGUGAUUAGGGCGGGGUAUCGAUUCAAAUGUCAAGAAUCGAUUCUGAUUCUUAAUAAUCAGAAUCGAUUAUCAUGAUUCGAUUCGAUAUUGGCUUAGUGUUAUUUAAAAUGUUUUUUUUGCUGUUGCCUGAAUUAUAUGACUGUAAAAUAACUAGUGAAAUAAUAAUUUCACAAUAAUUACUGUGAAAUAACUAAGAAAUAAAUAACCCAAACAGGCCUUUCAAUAUCCAUUUAAAGUGCAAAAAAGAAAGAAAUUGCAACAGUUCAUGCAGUAAACAAAUCAUUCUAGCUUGUCUAAUUUAUUCUGUCACCACGCACACAUUUUUCAGAAGUGUCAUGACAAACUGUGUGUCCGACUACUGGGAUUAAAGUUCACCUGGCGAAAAUGAUGAAGAAAAAAAAAUCGAUCUUUAGACAUAAGAAUCGAUUUUUAGGCAUUAAUAUGAGAAUCGAUUUAGAAUCGGAAACUAGAUUUUUUUCAACGCAGGCCUAAUUGUGAUAAAGUUCUUUAUUUUCUGUAAUGCAAUUUAAAAAAAAAAAAAUAAAUAAAUAAAUAAAUAAUAAAUAAUGUCAUACAUUGUGGAUUCAUUACAAAUCAACUGAAAUAUUGCAAGCCUUU